AUGUCAUUAGUAUGCCUUAGUCAACAAUUAACCAUUUAUGUUGGUUUAUUUUUGCUUAUUAUUGGUAUUUUUGGUAAUGGAACGAACAUUUUCAUAUUCUCAAGUGUUCGUUCUUAUCGUAUAUCACCUGCUACAUUCUAUUUUCUAGUCGAAUCAAUGGCUAAAAUUGUCUUUUUAACAACUAAUCUUUUACUUCGUGUAGUUUCCUUUUAUUUUGAAUUUGAUUUAAGUCGCACAUCAUUGAUCUGGUGUAGAUUAAGACAAGUUUUACUCACUCUAUCAAGCACAAUAACUGUUACUUGUACAUGUUUAGCUACAAUGGAUCAAUUUUUUGUUACAUCUUCUAAUCCUUCGUUAUGUCAAAUUAGUAAAAUUCAACGAGCAUAUCAAAUUGUAUUGAAUACUAGCAUUAUCUGGUUUCUUCAUUCGCUUAUUGCUUAUUUUAAUGUGGCUAUUUCACCAUUUACUGGUGCAUGUGCUUCGAGCAAUUCUACUGUAAUUCCAAUAACAAUAACAAUGAUAUUUGGAUAUUUAACUUAUCGUAAUAUUCGUCAAACAACAGUUCUUGCUGAACAACAAGCUGAUCGACAAGUGGUAAAAAUGGUUCUUCUACAAAUCAUAUUAAUUAUCAUUUCUAAUACUCCUCUUGGUGGACUUAAUACAUAUGGAUUGAUUACAACUGGAGUUAUUAAAAGUCAAGAACAACAAUUACAAGAAUAUUGUGCUUCAUUGCUGAUCAAUCUUAUAGCAUCGAUAUAUUUUGCGGCAGGUUUUUAUACAUUUUUGAUUUCAUCAAGUCGUUUUCGUCAAACUGUAAAAGAACGAUUAUUUCGAUGA